UUUUGUGAAAAACACAUUCUCUCUCUAAAACCUCUCUUCUUUUUUUUUUUUUCUCAAAAGCUGCGUUAUCUGUAUACGAAUUCAUUCUUCUCUUUGCUUUCCUCCGAUCGGUCUCCUUUUCUACAUAGCCGCACGCUGUGGUAUGUUUCUCUCUUCUUCGAUCCUUGUAUGAGCUUAUGAUUUGUGUUCGUUUAUGUGUAUAUAUGCGUGUAAAUGUGCUGAAUCGAUUUUGUAAUUUCAUCAAAUGUUUGUCCUGUUUACAUGUUGUUACCGAUCGUCUCUUUGCUUCGUUAUUGGGACUGUGUUAUGAUUGUUUGGUAUAACCCGGUUAUUUCCGGUCGGCUGCUACAUCGGUGACUUUUUAGUUUUUAUUGGAGUUUUCCUGCAAUCUUCGGGUAUGAUCGGUGAUCAUUUCCGAGAAUCGGAGUCGAUUUUGGAUGUUUACGGAUAUCGGAGCUCCUUUUGCGUCCAAUUUCGUUUUCUUUCUCGUAGUUGUUUGCUUUAGAUUCCGAUGCUGAGAAUAUAAACCAAAUCGGUGAUCAGCUUCAGCGACGGGGUUUAGGGGCAGUGAUGGUUUCUCAGUUUAUAUCAUGCAUGCCUUUCUCGACAACGAACCUGGGGUAGUUGAGAAACUGGGAAAAAAACGUUAUUGGUGAUUCAAAUGUUAGCGAAAUUUGAGAACUAGUUCGACUCUAGUUUCAGAUGUUAGUUCCUCACGGUAGCAAUUUCCAACAGAUGUUAGUCCAUUGUCAUGCAGAUGCGGUGUUGCACACCUUCUUGGUUGAAUGAGAAAGUAAUGUGAACUUGAACUCAGAUAAGUGAACCCAAAUUUAUUAGCGUGGUUAGCUAUAUUCCUAAUGUUUUGUGGCCAAUAACUAAGGUUAUGGUAGUAAAGGCUUUGUGAAGUUUACCUGAUCCAGUUCUUCCGCCAGUUUUUCGUGGCGUAAGAUUUGUUGUGAUUCUACUGAGUUACAUCUUUAUGGGAGUAAGCAAAUAACCACAACUGGUCCGCGUUCACAUGCAUAUCUGAAUGUGUUAAUCAGUAAAAUAUGCUUGAAGUCUGAAAUAAGGUAGCCAUGGGCAGAGAACUUCAAUCUUUCUUAUGUGAAGACAACCAUGCUAUGAAGGUUUCUGGAAUGAUAUGCUGUCACAAUCGUUCACAUGUAUUUUAUUUGGAUGCACGAUGAUGUCAAGCAUAAUGCUGACUGUGUAAUGCAUCCUUUCACACACCCUACUUUGUUUUACAAGCCCUUGGACUCAUAAGCCACGAGAUUUGGGGUCCAUCAAGGUGUGCUUGAAGGUUUUAAGACAAUAAGAGCUACAAGAUAUUAAAAGGAGGUGGUAAGCCUUUGCUGGCUAGCACUUUUGAGUUUUGUGGACUAAACUCGUUCACCUAAGGGAGCUGUAAUGUAGUCAAUUAUGAUUUUGAACAUGAAGAGACGGAACUACAUUUGGAGUUUUUAUUGUAUUAUCUAGUGAACUUAAGGGCCUAACUGUUUCUGGCUGAUUUACUUUCGUGAAUUGUGAUUGGAAAUGGUGAAUCAAUUGCUCAAAUAAGCACGGCAGCCUUUUCAAUUGAGUACUUUAGUGUAUUCUUGUUUGGGACUGUUUUACCUUUUUCCCAUACCCUUCUAGGAUUAUUUGCCUGCAGGAGCAUUUUUGGAGGGUUUUGGUUCAGAAAAUUAAGCUCAUGUCCUGCUAUUGAAUCCUCCAUGUAAUUUUCUGGGGCAUGCCAAUAGUGAUUAGAAGUCAUCAUUGGGGGGAUGAUGCAUAUUUAUUCUUAACGUCUAUUCAAAUAGGUGACACAUUUUCAGCCACCAUUUGAUACUUCUUUGGUUCACUUCAAGAAAUACCAUUCCUGAACGAAAACUGUUUUUGCUUGGUUUAGUUGGACUAUAAGGUUGAAGCUUUGUGUAAACCAUGGGGCACAGACAUUUUCUUGGUUCAUCCCAAUAUUUCGAUGAUGAACAUGAUCAAGGAUGGAGUCAUAUACACCCAGAGCAUCCAUAUACGAGUCUAGGUUAAGAUGUUCUAUGUGCUUUUCCCCUAUGGGUAGUCUGGGUUUCACUACGAAAAUUUUGAAUCUUGAUAAGUGGAUACCCUCAUCUAGUGAGAAUUAAGGAGGCAACAUUUUAUAACCAUCACAGAUGUCCUCGACUUUUUCCUGUGCAUCAUGUCUGGAAUUUCUGAUUAAUAUUAUUAUCCGCCCCACAUUUUCUCAGCAAGAUCUGGGACUAGUGAGAACAGAUCGCAUGUUUAUUCAGCAGAAAACAUGUUGAAUGAAGGAGUGCCAGAUUCUUCGCAUUGGAACUCUUCUACAGGGCCAAGUGCCUAUACUGCCUCAGGUCAUGGUGGGGAGAGGCUACGCUACAAUCCAGGGACUUCGGGCCCAUCCCACGAUCCUUUCAUGAGUUCAACUUUCUCUGCUCCACAUGAUAAUUAUGUGACAUUUGCAUCCUCUUCGAAUUGCAACAGCCAGACAUGGUCAAAUGCUAGUUAUGUUGGUCAACCAAUGGAAAGUGUGAGAGGAGCACAAAAGCGAAAAAGCCCAUGUGAUUCUUCCAUCUAUGAAAUGGGCAGUUCAAGUCAUUACCACGGUGACAGAACUUCCUCAGACUUCCCUUUCUCCUCGGAGUCGCACCUGGGAAAAUCAAUAAUUCAUGAUCAUGAUCCUCAUUACAUGCCGUGGCUCAUGGACCCAACUUACAGAAGUAAUAAUCUCUCGAUCAGGGGAGAGAGUUCUUCAAGGAAUGUCCGGAGUCGUCCUACACUUGAUUUAGAGACCAGCGUAGAUAGAAUUAAUUUGGCAAGAAGCCCGGGCCUUGAUUCUCAUUCGACACACCACAAUGCUGAGUAUUCUGGCUCAGGUCAAUUUCCUGGUCAGGCAUCUUACAGAAAUAAGGACUGGAACUGUCCUAGGCGCUCCCCAGUUUCUCCUGGAGAUAUAAGUGGCUUUAGUCCAGAGACAAAUACUUCUCUUCCUACGAGAAGUGUUGUCAACAGCAAAUCUGUUGAUAUCACUGGCUAUCACCACGGGCUAAUCGGUAACAGAAAUACUACAGUUUCCCAAGGUUUUCCUGGAACCUCAACACAAUCUGCAAGCAGUUCCCGCUUCUCUCAUAGGUCAACCCCAACCUAUAGAUCUUCUUCAAGCUGUUUGCAAUUGGGACAUGUAGCAUCGUCUUCUGGAGACAGGUCUCACUUGGUCACUGAGACAUAUCCGUCUAGGCAUCUAAGGCCACCACCACACAUUUCAUGGCGUAGCAGUGAUCGCCCAGGGAGACGCAGGAGUUCCCAUGAGAGGGUUCACCCUCCUUUCGAUGAAGGUGCUCUCCGUGAACGGUUUUCAUCUGAGGGAUUUAUGGUUGUAGAUCGCCAACCACAGUAUGGAUCCAGAAAUAUGCUUGAUCACCAUGGAGACAUGAGGCUCGACAUCGAUAACAUGACCUACGAGGAACUUCUUGCUCUUGGUGAAAGAAUUGGGACUGUCAACACUGGUCUGUCUAACGGUGCAAUCUCCAGUUGCUUGUUAGAGACGACAUAUUACGCAUUGAAUCAAACGGAUGAGCAAACAAAAUGCGCAAUCUGCCUGGAGGAGUACAAGGAAAAAGAAGAAUUAGGGGAACUUAAGGGAUGUGGACAUGGCUACCAUGGUGGGUGCAUCAAGAAAUGGCUGUCUAUGAAGAACUCUUGCCCUAUUUGCAAAUCACCUGCGUUAUCUGAUGCUUCUAAGAGCCCAUUAUAAUUUAUGUAUAUUCAUUUUUCUUUCUUUUAAAGGGAAAAAUAUGUGAUAGACUAUACCUAUAAGUUGUAUUAGUAGUGGUUGUAAAUAGAAGCAAGUCCAGGAUUUUUCAUGAGGGUUAUAAUAUAUGUUAUUAUUGGAAAGAAAACAAAAAAAAAA